AUGGAUGUGGAAGUGGAGCGUGACAAUCUUAAGCGUUACGAUAUGACAGACUUCUCGGCGAAAAACAAGACUCCCGAGCCACAAGAGCCAAAAGAUCUCGCCGACGUUGUAGCGGUGCUGGAAGUGCUGCCCCUGUUGGGGACAGAAGCAGUCCCGGAGUUAGUGGCUUGGAUUGAUGACCGUUUUGAAACCUUUCGAUCACACUUGGCUCAAGGAAAUAUGGCAGCCGCAGAGAGUAUACGAACCCACUUCCAGUUCAAUCACGAGUCCUACGCACGAGUGGUUCAACGUGUCACCAGGCUUAAGGUGGAAGCAGCUCUAAAGUUGUCAGCCCCCACAAAACCAUCGUCUCGCAUGAAGAAGGCCAAAGCGCGCACAACAAACAGCGGUGCCCGACAAGGGCGCGGAGUUCCCGUUCCCCCAGAGGUGGUGGCAGCGCUUCCGAUUCGAAAAGGCAAGAAGCUGUGCAUGAAGUUUUUGUCUAUCGAAGGAUUCCCUGGUGAAGGAGACACUUGUGUGUUCGACUACCGAGGACACUUCGUACCUGCUAAAUUACCAGUUACUGUGAGAAACUUCAUUAGUAAGAACUACGGGGGGCUUCGGGACACGAGUGCACCAGCGGCAGGCAGCCAAGCGGAAGUGUGA